AUGGAUACAUUAUCAUUAUCAGACGCAAAAAGCAAGAGAGCUCACAUAAGAGCUGCGGCCACUCGGCUAAAAACAUUUAUCGAUAAUUUUGAUACGGUCGGAGGUUCGUGGCACGAUCUCACAGAGAGCAAGCAAAGAUUAUCGGAAUUGUGGAGGCAGUUUGAGGCAGCUCAAUCGCGUAUAGAAAUUCUUGAAAACGCCGAUCCCUCGAUCACCGAUAAAAAAGUGCUUCAUGAUCUACAAGCGCAACAGCGAGAUAGUUUUGAAGGGCCUUAUUUCCAAUUAAUGGCUCGUUAUACAGCUCUCAUUGAGCAAAAAGAGCAAAGCGCAUCUCAGUCGAGUUCAUCCACUGAUAACAGGCAUUCGGUUAGUUCGAGGGAAACGCGUGUCAAAUUGCCAAAGAUAGAUUUACCAGUUUUUGCAGGUGCAUACGAUGAUUGGUAUUCCUACAGAGACACUUUUGAAAAGUUAAUCCAUUUAAAUGAGGAUCUAUCUGAAAUCGAAAAGUUUCACUAUCUGAGAUCCUCCUUGAAGGAUACUGCCGCUAACAUAAUCAAAUCUAUAGAGACCACUGCAGCUAAUUAUGGUGAGGCUUGGGCAGCGGUCAAGGAACGUUUCGACAAUCAGAGGUGGCUUGUUCAAAGGCAUGUUCGCGCCUUAUUCAAAAUACCAGCCAUGCGUAAGGAAAAUCAUAGCAUGAUUCGUGAAUUAAUAGACACUGUUCUCAAACAUUUGCGCGCGCUCAAGGCCCUCAAGAGGCCUACGGUUCAUUGGGACGAUUUAAUCGUCCAUCUUAUCAUUUCCAAGUUGGAUGUAGCCACUAGUAAGGCGUGGGAAUUAAGUAUCAAAGGAACAGACCUACCGGAUUUAAAAAGGUUGAUAGAAUUCUUGUCGCUCCGAUGCCAGGCAUUGGAAUCAAUACACGGUAGAUGUCACAACAGCUCAGCAAAUAGCGUCACACAAAAGCAUAGUAGCAAUUCAAAGUCCCCAUCCUUCGCGAACGUCGCUACAUCCAAUCUUUCUUGUGCCAUGUGUAAACAAAAUCAUUCAAUAUAUCAUUGUAAGGAAUUUAUCAAUUUAUCAAUCGAAGAUCGAAUUAAGGCCGCGAAAAAGGCGCACUUAUGUCUUAAUUGCUUGCGAUCAAACUCACAUCAAGCGAAGGCGUGUAAUUCAAGUACUUGCCGAAAAUGCAGCAAGAAGCACAAUACGCUGCUACACUUAAACAGUUCAAAUGAUUCCGAUCAAUCUGUAUCAAACGCGCAAUCAUCGAGUCAGGUUACCAAUCCUCCACUCCCCGUCACCACUCAGUGUACGUCAGGUCAUCGCUCUGUAAACAUUUUACUAUCGACCGCGGUCGUUAACGUAUAUGAUUCGAGCAAUCAGAUUCAUUCAUGUCGAGCAUUACUCGAUAGCGGUUCCCAAAUAAAUUUCAUAACGAAAGAAUUAGCUAAUCGACUGAAACUUGAGGAGCGAUCCCUUGAUAUUGCGGUGGCGGGAGUCAUGGAUGGAGUGAUUCACGCCAAUAAAAUAGUUAGUCUAUGCGUCAAAUCGCGUUUUAAUAAUUUUUGCGAGACGAUGGAUUGCGUCGUGCUUCCAAAUAUAACACAACACUUACCGCAGCAUUUCAUACCCAUGCAAAAUGUGUCCGUUCCAAAACACCUAAAGCUUGCUGAUCCGAAUUUCAACGUACCAGCUAGCAUUGACAUUUUAAUAGGAGCCGAGUCUUUCUGGAGGCUCAUUUGUGCAGGUCAAAUCAAACGCUUAAAAUAUCAGCCAACGUUGCAAAAGACACAUUUUGGAUGGGUCAUCUCCGGUAUCACACCGAGUGACAUAACCAGAUCUGUUUCAUCUCAUAAUUUUCACCUAACCUCGCUCGACGAAUUAAGGCUUACAUUGAAUCGGUUUUGGGAGAUUGAACAUAACGGUACCGCGAAACCAUUUUCCCCCGAAGAAAAGGCCUGUGAGGCGUCAUUCCUACAUGGUGUAACCCGCAACAGCGAAGGGCGUUUUAUCGUCAAGCUUCCAAUAAAGCAAGACAAACUAAGUGGCCUGAGAGAAUCCAUGGACAUUGCUCUAAGAUGUUUCAAAUCUUUGGAAAAGCGGCUCAUCGCUCAACCUCGCAUGUAUGACGAAUACAAGAAGUUCAUGGGCGAAUACACCCAAUUGAAUCACAUGAAGGAGGUGAACAGUCACGUGAUGCCAAGCCCAAGCUCUCCAGGUUUUUAUCUCCCGCACCAUGCUGUACAAACCGGAUCGGGUCCCACUGCAAAAUUCCGAGUGGUGUUUGACGGCUCAUGCAAAAUCACAACUGGACUAUCUUUAAAUGACGCGUUAAUGGUAGGACCUACAAUACAAGAAGAUCUUUUUUCCAUUUUGAUCAGAUUCCGAACAUUUAAAAUUGCUGUUACCGCUGAUAUAGCAAAAAUGUAUCGACAAGUUCUGGUUGAUUCAACUCAAACCCUACAACGUAUUUUUUGGCGACAGUCCCAAGACGAGCCCAUCAAAACCUUCGAACUACUUACAGUGACUUAUGGCACCUCGUCAGUGUCGUUCCUCGCCAUCAGAGCUUUGAGAAAGUUAGCAGAGGACAGUGCAGAUCGCUAUUCAAGAGCGGCUCGAUUAGCUCUCCGAGAUUUCUACGUUGAUGAUCUCGUCACUGGGGCGGACUCUGUAGAAGAAGCCUUGUUCAUCAAGCAAGAGAUCACCGCAUUACUGCAAGAAGGAGGCUUCGAGCUUGGAAAAUGGUCAUCCAAUUCUCUCGGCCUCCAAGAUUGCAACUCCUCCGUCGAGCAAAAAGAGUUCAUUCUAUCCACCGACAAAGGCUCCGAGAAAAGAACGAUAGGCAUUGCAUGGAACUGCCGGGCCGACGUAUUCAAAUAUUCAUCCAUCAAUCAUCUACCUGCUUUAGAGGUGCCUACCAAACGAAGCAUUUUAUCGCGUAUAUCUCUCAUUUUUGACCCACUGGGACUGUUGGGUCCAGUCACAUUACUCGCCAAGAUCAUCAUGCAAGAUCUCUGGCGACUCAAGCUCGAUUGGGAUGAAUCGAUUCCCUUGGAAUUGAAUACCAAAUGGAAGCAUUUCGAAAGAGAGUUGCAGGAGAUGAAUAACUUAUGUAUUCCUCGCCUUGUCAUAACCACAGAGCAACACACCCGUUUGGAACUGCAUGGGUUCUCGGACGCUAGCGAGUGCAUACGGAGCAUGCAUUUACUUGCGCUCUAUCUCAAACAGUGGUGA